AUGGCAUAUUUCAAGAGUGAUUCCAAGUGUGACAUGCUUAUGAACAACCUAUGUGAGGCAUUCAACCGUAGCAUAAUGGAUGCUAGAGACAAGCUUGUUUUGACUACGCUAGGAAGAAUUCGGUUGUAUAUAAUGUUGUUAAUGGCUGGAAGAAGGGUUUUCUGUGAGAAAUGGCAUGGACAAGUUGGGCCAAGAAUUAGAAAGAUAUUAGUGAAAAACAAAGGGAAAGCUCAGUGGUGCAUUCUUAAGCCUGCUGGACAGAAUAGGUUUGAAGUAAUGCACCAUCGUGGCUGCAACUUUGCUGUUGAUUUGAAUGCCCACUCUUGUUCAUGUCAUGCUUGGGAUUUGAAUGGAAUGCCAUGUUUGCAUGCUUGUGCUACAAUAAGUUGGUUUCAUGGGAGUCUAGAGGACUUUUGUGAUGCAGUGUACAAGAAAGAGGCUUAUUUAAGAGCCUAUGAACCAAUGAUUAUGCCUAUGACUAGCCAAGGUCAGUGGAUGAAGAUUAAUUUACCUCCGUUACUCCCUCCAAAAUACCACAAGUAG